AUGGAUCUAGGGACCCAGCUAGGCCUGCCGGUUAAGCAGGUCCAGGGAGAGUCUGGCUUGGCAUUUGGCAUUAGGGAUGACACUAAGGCUCCCUUUGUUUGGGAGAAAACAAGAUUAAUUGCUUUGAUUACCGACGUAAUUCGAUGGUUGGAGGAUGGUGAGCUAGCGAGGAACAAUAUAACGUGGAGAAGCAUUGGGAACCUUCUUCCUCCGGCACCCAUCCGA